AAUUACUAAUUACAUGAUACUUAAACAGAAUUCGUACAAUUAUCCACUUAAUAACGGGUCACACCGUAAUCCGAUGAAGACUGCAGUAGCAGCCUUGAUCGAAGGAGAUAAAUCGGCUUUUUACGGGUGCGGAUUUUUCGGAUUACAAGAUACACUUUGGGAUGUACAAGGUCGACAUUAUUUCAAACAUUGCACGAUUCAAGGAGCCGUCGAUUUCAUCUUCGGAGCGGGGCAAUCGGUUUACGAGAGAUGUACAAUAGCAGCAGUUGCAGGAGCACUAAAUGGAGCUCCAGGCUAUAUCACAGCUCAAGGAAGAACGGCGGCAAACGAAACGAACGGAUUCGUAUUCAAAAAUUGCAAUAUAGUCGGAAGCGGGAAAACGUAUUUAGGAAGACCUUGGAGAAGUUACGCCAGAGUUAUAUUCUACAACACGUUAAUGUCGAACAUCGUCGUUCCUCAAGGAUGGGACCCUUGGUUCUGCACCGGUCACAAGUACGUUCUUUUAUACUGAAUACACCUAUUUUUUAUUUGUGUCAGAUUCAGUUUUUCGUUCUGUAACUGCUUGAAUAGGUAAACAGAUAGUAAAAAAAAA